AGCUACGUAUUUUACCGGCGAGGUUCUUGGGAUUGGCGAUAAUUUGAGGAACUUAACUUCCUUAGUUUUCUCACCUUAAACGUGAGAAUAUUCGUUAGUUCAGGGUAUUUAUUUAAAGAUUACCGGUUGAUAAUAUUAAUGACCUGGGCUAUAUUUUAGUUUUCAUGGUAAAACUCGCAUGUUUUAGAUGUUUACACUGUGUAACACAUGAUGGUAUCUAGUAUGUCUGUACCAAGGUUUAGUUUUAUAAACCCCAGGAUUGUCAACUUCACCAUAAAUUAAUGUUAUUGUUAGUUAUAGUAGGUUUCUCCCGGUUUUAGUUUCAUUUUUUUGGUUAAAUUGUUUAUGAUACACACACUUUUCUUCCAAUUAGAACUUUAAUAUGUUUAAUUAAAUGAUAUUUAUUUAAUUUUGAAAUUGUAUCGUCUGUAGGGUGUAACGGUCACGCCUUUUAUCCAAAACAUUAUUUCUUUUUUUUAUCAACAAGCGUGUUUUAACAACUGUUGUUUUACCGUUACUACCGUCUUUUCGCUUUUUAUCAACUCUCUUGUUCUUCGUUAUCGUGACCGAAGAGACGAAAUAAAUUUCAUUCAUUCAUUCAUACUGUGCAAAUUGUAAUGCCAUGAAUAAUCUGUCUGUAAAUAAUUUAAUUGUCAAUGAUGAUAUUUGAAAAUCGAACUCUAUCUAGCCAGCAGUAUAAGGAGACAAUGAUUUUGGAUUGCGACUAACUGCUAGCAUGAUUUUUUAAUAAACUGUAUAUAUAUAUACAAUUUGUUCUGUAUGUGCAAAUUACAUCUGAUUUUGAAACAGUAGAUUUAGCUUGCCUGCUAAUGCGCUACCUUAACAUGUCGAUUUGUUUCUAUCAUUUGAGAAAUACCUGCCUUACACUUCAAAGUUAAUAUAAGAGUUUGUCAUCGAUUUAAGUCACGAACUACAUGUUAUGAUAACCUUGUUUUACCUAUUGCUCUUCUUAUUUAUAGGCGUAAGAGCUAAACCAGCCCUUGCAUAGAUACAUUAAUAAGUUGUGUCACUGUUCUGACUUCUGUCACUCAGUGUGUGUGCGAGUAAACAUAUAAAGUUCCAUCGAUUUUGAUCUAAACAUCAAUCAUGGCUCAAAAUCUCCCUAUUAAAUUUCAAGAACAUCUUCAGCUUCAAAAUGUUGGCAUCAACGCAGCAAAUAUCGGGUUCUCCACUCUUACAAUGGAAUCAGAUAAAUUUAUUUGUGUGCGAGAAAAAGUGGCUGAUCAGGCUCAGGUUGUCAUUAUUGAUCUUGCUGACUCAGCAAAUCCGAUUCGAAGACCUAUUUCUGCUGAGUCAGCAAUCAUGAACCCUGCAAGCAAAGUAAUUGCCUUGAAGGCGGGUCGCACACUUCAGAUUUUUAACAUGGAAAUGAAAUCAAAACUUAAAGCUCACACCAUGACAGAAGAUGUGGUGUUUUGGAAGUGGAUAUCAACCAACAUGGUUGGUUUGGUCACUGAAACCUCUGUAUAUCACUGGAGCAUGGAAGGAGAUUCCCAACAACCGGUAAAAAUGUUUGACAAACAUCCAAGUCUUGCCAAAUGCCAGAUCAUUAACUACAGGACGGACGCUAAACAAAAGUGGUUGCUACUGAUUGGGAUUUCCGCACAAGCCAAUCGAGUGGUGGGUGCAAUGCAACUCUACUCAGUUGAACGCAGAGUCAGUCAGCCAAUUGAAGGACAUGCUGCAUCUUUUGCUCAAAUUAAACUUGAAGGAAAUAAGGAAGAAUCGACCCUCUUCUGUUUUGCUGUAAGAGGACCACAAGGAGGCAAACUUCAUAUCAUCGAGGUUGGAUCCCCAGCUGCAGGCAACCAACCAUUCACCAAGAAAGCUGUCGACGUUUUUUUUCCACCGGAGGCCGCUAAUGAUUUCCCUGUUGCAAUGCAGGUUUCUCCAAACCAGAAUGUGGUGUUUGUGGUGACUAAAUACGGAUACAUUCAUAUGUAUGAUCUUGAAACUGCUGUAUGCAUCUUUAUGAACCGAAUCAGUGCCGAUACCAUCUUCGUCACUGCUCCUCAUGAAGCUACUGGAGGACUUAUUGGAGUCAACAGAAAGGGACAGGUUCUAUCAGUUUCUGUAGAUGAGGAAAAUGUGGUGCCGUACAUAACCAACACUUUACAAAACCCUGACUUAGCUCUUCGUUUUGCUGUUCGUAACAAUCUUGGUGGUGCAGAUGAACUCUUCUCUAGAAAAUUCAACACAUUAUUUGCCCAAGGCAACUACACUGAGGCGGCCAAAGUUGCUGCAAAUGCUCCAAAAGGUAUCCUGAGGACUUCCCAAACCAUCCAGAAGUUUCUCUCCGUGCCUGCCCAACCAGGCCAAAACUCUCCACCAUUGUUGCAAUACUUUGGCAUUCUAUUGGACCAGGGCAAACUGAACAAAUUUGAGUCACUGGAGUUAUGUAGACCGGUGCUUCAACAAGGCAGGAAACAUCUGAUGGAGAAAUGGUUGAAGGAUGAGAAACUUGAAUGUUCUGAAGAGCUUGGAGAUCUCGUGAAACCUGUUGAUUCAACUCUUGCCCUGUCUAUCUACCUCAGGGCAACUAUUCCUAAUAAGGUGAUCAUGUGUUUUGCGGAGACGGGGCAAUUCCAGAAGAUUGUGAUGUAUGCAAAGAAGGUCGGUUACACUCCCGAUUAUGUCUUCCUCCUCCGUAAUGUGAUGCGGGUUAAUCCGGAGACGGGAAAACAGUUUGCGAUGAUGUUGGUACAAGAUGAUGAGCCACUCGCGGAUGUUGCUCAGAUUGUGGAUGUUUUCAUGGAACAAAACCUCAUCCAACAAUGCACUGCGUUCCUCCUUGAUGCAUUGAAGAAUAAUAGACCAGCAGAAGGAGCUCUGCAGACACGUCUGCUUGAGAUGAACCUCAUGCACGCCCCACAGGUUGCGGAUGCCAUUCUUGGCAACCAGAUGUUCACCCAUUACGAUCGUGCCCAUGUUGCGCAACUAUGUGAGAAAGCCGGUCUGUUGCAACGAGCGCUUGAACAUUUUGUGGACCUCUAUGAUAUUAAACGUGCCAUCAUCCACACACAUCUGCUUAACCCUGAAUGGUUGGUCAACUACUUCGGCAGCUUGUCAGUUGAAGAUUCCUUGGAAUGCUUGAAGGCAAUGUUGACAGCUAACAUUCGACAGAAUCUACAGAUUUGUGUUCAAGUGGCAACAAAAUACCAUGAGCAACUUACAACUGAAAAGCUGAUUGAGGUUUUUGAAUCCUUUAAAAGCUUCGAAGGUUUAUUUUACUUCCUUGGAUCGAUUGUGAACUUCAGUCAAGAUCCUGAUGUUCACUUCAAAUACAUACAAGCAGCUUGUAAGACAGGUCAGAUCAAGGAAGUCGAGAGGAUUUGUCGUGAAAGCAACUGCUAUGAUGCGGAUAAGGUGAAAAACUUCUUAAAAGAAGCCAAGUUGACGGAUCAACUUCCAUUGAUCAUCGUGUGCGAUCGAUUUGACUUUGUUCACGAUCUCGUCCUCUAUUUGUAUCGCAACAACAUACCAAAGUAUAUUGAGAUCUAUGUGCAGAAGGUGAAUCCUUCUCGUCUCCCAGUUGUUGUCGGAGGAUUGUUGGAUGUUGAUUGUCAGGAGGACACCAUCAAGAACCUGAUCAUGGUCGUCAGAGGACAAUUCUCUACAGAUGAGCUUGUGGAAGAAGUUGAGAAGAGAAACAGGCUAAAACUUCUUCUUCCAUGGUUGGAGUCGCGUGUGCAUGAAGGAUCCGAGGAACCAGCUACCCACAAUGCACUUGCUAAGAUCUACAUCGAUUCAAACAAUAACCCCGAGCGAUUCUUGCGUGAGAAUCCAUUCUAUGAUAGUCGAGUGGUUGGUAAAUACUGCGAGAAGCGAGAUCCACAUAUGGCUUGCGUUUGCUACGAACGUGGCCAGUGUGAUGAUGAACUUAUCAGGCUUUGCAAUGAAAACUCCUUGUUCAAAUCUGAAGCUCGAUAUUUGGUGAGAAGAAAGGACGUUGAGUUGUGGGGAAAAGUUUUGGAAGAUACAAACCAAUACAGGAGGCAACUUAUUGAUCAGGUGGUACAGACAGCACUUGGUGAAGCACAAGACCCAGAUGAAAUCUCGGUUGCCGUGAAAGCUUUCAUGGCAGCGGAUCUUCCAAAUGAACUCAUUGAGUUGUUGGAGAAGAUCGUGUUGGAUAAUUCAAUGUUUUCCGAUCACAGGAACCUCCAGAACCUCUUGAUUCUCACUGCGAUCAAAGCUGACAGCUCUCGUGUGAUGGAUUACAUCACUCAACUUGAUAAUUAUGAUGCUCCAGAUAUCGCAAAUAUUUGCAUCGAAAACGAACUCUUCGAGGAAGCAUUCGCGAUAUUUAACAAGUUUGACGUCAACACUUCUGCAAUCUCUGUUUUGAUCGAGCAUGUGAAAAACCUCGACCGUGCGUAUGAGUUUGCGGAACGUUGCAACGAGCCCACCGUGUGGUCACAACUGGCACGAGCUCAGUUGAACUCGGGAAUGAUAAAGGAAGCGAUUGAUUCUUACAUCAAAGCUGAUGAUCCAAGCUCUUACAUGGAGGUGGUGGAAGCUUCAAAUAAAUCCGAGAAUUGGGAGGAUUUGGUUCGUUACUUGCAGAUGGCUCGUAAGAAGGCACGAGAAUCUUAUGUUGAGACUGAACUUGUUUUCGCUUUCGCUAAAACCAAUAGACUCGCAGAUCUUGAAGAGUUUAUUAGUGGCCCAAACAAUGCCAACAUACAACAGGUUGGAGACAGAUGUUACGAUCAAAAGAUGUACGAGGCAGCCAAGGUUCUCUUCAACAACAUCUCCAACUUUGCUCGGCUCGCAUCCACGGUCGUCCACCUCGGUGAAUAUCAAACUGCUGUUGAUUCCGCACGUAAAGCCAACUCCACACGAACAUGGAAGGAGGUUUGCUUUGCUUGUGUUGAUGGUGAAGAGUUUCGUCUCGCACAAAUAUGUGGCCUUCACAUUGUUGUUCAUGCUGAUGAAUUGGAAGAACUUAUUAAUUACUACCAGGACCGCGGAUACUUUGAAGAGUUGAUCACGAUGUUGGAGGCUGCUCUUGGACUUGAGCGUGCUCACAUGGGGAUGUUCACGGAACUUGCCAUCCUUUACUCCAAGUAUAAACCAGGGAAGAUGAGAGAACAUCUGGAACUUUUCUGGUCAAGAGUCAACAUCCCCAAGGUUCUUCGAGCUGCAGAACAAGCACACUUGUGGGCAGAGUUGGUGUUCCUGUAUGACAAAUAUGAGGAAUAUGAUAACGCCAUUGUUACCAUGAUGGCUCAUCCCACCGAUGCAUGGAAAGAAGGACAAUAUAAAGAUAUUAUAACCAAGGUUGCCAACAUUGAGCUCUACUACAAAUCCCUGCAGUUUUAUCUGGACUACAAACCCAUGCUUAUAAACGACUUACUCAACGUAUUGUCACCACGUAUGGACCACACAAGAGCUGUUGCUUUCUUCAGGAAAGUUCAACAUUUGCCACUCGUCAAACCAUAUCUGCGUACCGUGCAGACACACAACAACAAGGCGAUAAAUGAGGCAUUGAAUGAUCUUCUUAUUGAAGAAGAGGAUUACUCUGGUCUUCGCAACUCCAUUGAUGCGUAUGAUAACUUUGACACCAUUGCUCUUGCACAACGUUUAGAGAAACACGAGUUGAUUGAGUUCCGUCGUAUUGCAGCAUACUUAUACAAAGGAAACAACAGAUGGAAGCAAUCUGUUGAGUUGUGCAAAAAAGAUCUGCUCUACAAGGAUGCAAUGACAUAUGCAGGGGAAUCCCGGGACACAGAGUUGGCAGAGGAAUUGUUGGAGUGGUUCCUUGAAAGACAGAGAUACGAAUGUUUCUCUGCUGGACUUUAUUCCUGUUAUGACUUGCUUCGACCUGAUGUUGUAUUGGAACAAGCAUGGAGACAUGGAAUCAGUGAUUAUGCAAUGCCAUAUCUUAUUCAAGUCAUGAGAGAGUACACAAUAAGGAUUGACAAACUUGAAACAUCGGAAAAUGUGAGAAAACAAGAAGAAGAACAAACAGAAAAUAAGCCGAUCGUAUACGAUAACCCCACCCUAAUGAUCACCGCUGGACCCUCCUAUCCACAACCUGGCUAUGCUGCUCCUCAGAUGCCAGGGAUGCCUGGAGGAAUGCCUCCUGCUGGUAUGCAGGGACCUCCUGGCAUGAUGGGUGGUGGCUAUAACUUCGGGAUGUAAGAAAUCUAUUCAAAUAUAUUAUAUUAUUUCCAUAUAUUUUUGACAUACAACGUCACCCUACCAUGCAAGGUGAAAAAAAAACGAAGAAAAUUCACUUUUUGGAAAAAUGGAAAACGUGGCCAAACAGUUAUCCGCCAUAUUUAAAUCAUCAUAUCUUCUUUCCAUUGUAAUUAUACCUUGUAUCUGCGUGUCGUGAUCACACUACUUAUAUUAUAUGCGUUUACCGUAGUAACUAAUAGAUAUUCAUGCUUAUGUGUUAUUGGUGGUCUCCCACAGAAUCAACCAAAACGAAUUUUUAAUGUAAUUCAGUAGUGAUUGAUUAUGAACUAAACAGCACACGUGAUGCUCCUGAAUGCGCACCAAAGUGCUAUAUAGUUCGUGCUAUUUCAAAAUUAAAAAAAAACGUAAGCAAAAUAGAUGUUAAGAUUGCGACAGAAUUAUUUUGUUUAACAACUGCUCGCUUGGUAUCUGUUUAGUAUUUAGUAUCGGUGUCCCUAUUAAAAUUAUCGGCUAACUAAUGAAUAGCUUCAAUUUUCCUUAUCCAGUAGUCGGUUGAUUUCUUACACAGGUCGUAACUUAGAUUACAACUGCUUAAGUAAUUCAUUCUGAUCUCCUGUCGUAAAAAAGUAAAUUAUUACUGUAUAAUACACCAUCACCCAAACAACAA